CCAGGUUCGAGUAGCGCAUGCUGCAGAAAAAGAGGCCAGCUAGCGAUUCAAGAUACGACAUUGGGCGGGCGGGCGCACCACCGUCGGAUUCACGUCUGACCUGGACCUACUUCACCAGCCGACCACACAACCAGCAAGCGAGCGGCCACUGCCCGCUUCUCCCUCCCCCCGAACGAGCCAAUUCUAUCUCUUUCGUCUCGACUUUUCUCUUCCGACAAUCCUGGCAGUGCCUUUUAUUCACCAUGUGGUUCAGCGCGGGCUUGUCAGCCUUGGGGCUGGCGUCGCUCGCUUGGGGAGCAGUCAGGACAGACGAUGAAGGCAAUACCAUCAAGAGUAUCGGGUUGCGAACGCAUACGCUGCAACAGCCGUACCUUGACUCGGACAUGCAAAGUCGUUGGUACGAUUUCAGCGGCGAUGCGGUGGUGAGGACAGAUGCAUACAUCCGACUGACCUCCGAUCGCCCCUCGCAAAUGGGCUCUCUGUGGUCCAAAGUGCCCCUGACGGCAACGAACUGGGAAAUUGAGGUGGAAUUCAAGAUCCACGGCAAGAACCAGCUCUUUGGCGACGGCUUUGCCAUGUGGCUCACGAAACAACGCGCGCAACCGGGCCCAGUGUUCGGCAGCGCCGACAACUUCGAGGGCCUCGGCGUCUUCUUUGACACAUACAAGAACAACCGACCCGGCACCGUGUUCCCAUACGUGAUGGCGAUGGUGGGGGAUGGCAAGACCUCGUAUGACAAGAACACGGACGGGAAGCUCCAGGAGUUUGCGGGCUGCUCGGCCAGGGGCAUCCGGCACGCCAACGUCCCGACCAAGUUCCGCCUCAUCUACUUCCAGGACAAGCAGCUGAAGCUGGAACUGCAGUACAAGAACGAGGACGACUGGGUGCUGUGCUUCGAGACCAACGAGCCGCCGUCCCUGCCCAACGUUGCCUACCUGGGCUUCAGCUCCGAGACUGGCGAGCUGAGCGACAACCACGACAUCGUAUCGAUCAGCGCCAAGAACCUGUAUGCGUCGAACCCGUCGUCGACCCCUGGAAGCAACCGCAGGAAGGGCAAGGGCGGCGGUCCCAAGAGGAAGAACGGCAGCAGCUGGACAUGGUUCUUCACCAAGAUCAUCCUAUUUUGUCUCGUCGCUGGUGGAGCAUAUGUCGGCUACACUGCGUGGAGGGCCAACAGCCUGCGGAAGACCCGCUUCUAAGGUGUUGGGGCUUGGGGGGGUGUGACUUUUUGACGACGGAUGGGGUUGCGGUCAACCAGGCGGUGACUACCUACAUAUUAUUGAUGAGAAGGGUAACUAGGCAGGUCUAGUCAUUUGCUCGGGUCCUGGGAGUUCAGGCGGAAUCUGAGAGCGAAAAGUACAUAACACAGUAUUUGUUGCGUAUUUUUUGCAGGUGGAUGUUGCGGGUGUUCUUGGACCAGCCAGAAAGGCAUCUUCUGAAGUGAUCAUCAAGCCCCAUAUGCCGCCAGCCUGCCAGCCACCAUGGCCCUUCCAGUCCGACUUGUCCGAGUCGAGUCUACCAUGGUACUUAGGUAUACAAGUGCAUGCACGCCGAGUACGGGCCUGCCGCGGUGUCAGCAGCAGAGAGAGGUAGUAGAAUCGCAUUACCCAGAGCUAGUGCUCUCUGGUCGGGCGAUAAGAUAAGCGACCUCGGCAGUGCUGCGUUUGCGCAUCUCGGUUGAUGGCGCGGGCGGGCAGCGGGACGGCAGGACGGGUAGAUCUCAGACCAGUAACAGCAGGCCAGUAGUUG